CGUUACGCUCUCUAGCGCCCAACAGGCGUCUACGUCGUCUGUACGUCAAAGAAGUUAAGCAACAUGGCGUCCCUCAGAGCUUGUGUGCCAGUGAACAGGCUGGUUUUGGUCGUAAAGUAUUCCUCAUGCCGGUCCUGUGCAGUGACCAGCAGAACUCCCUACUCCACUGUCCCCAGUGAAAAGACCUUUGAUAAGAUCCUGAUUGCCAACAGAGGAGAAAUCGCUUGCAGGGUGAUUAAAACAUGCAAGAAGAUGGGUAUCCAGACCGUAGCUGUUCACAGUGAUGUGGACUCCAAUGCUGUUCAUGUAAAGAUGGCGGAUGAGGCAGUAUGUGUCGGCCCUGCUCCCACCAGUAAGAGCUACCUUAACAUGGACGCCAUCAUGGAUGCCAUCAGACUAACUGGAGCACAAGCUGUUCAUCCUGGAUACGGGUUCCUCUCUGAGAAUAAGGACUUUGCUAAGCGCUUAGCUGCAGUUGGUGUGACCUUCAUUGGCCCCGACACUCAUGCUAUCCAGGCAAUGGGGGAUAAAAUAGAAAGCAAGCUUAUUGCUAAAGCUGCCAAGGUCAACACUAUUCCAGGAUUUGAUGGAGUUGUUAAGACUGCUGAGGAUGCGGUAAAGAUUGCCCAACAAAUUGGCUAUCCAGUAAUGAUCAAAGCAUCAGCUGGAGGAGGAGGUAAAGGAAUGAGAAUUGCCUGGAACGAUGAGGAGACCAGGGAAGGCUUCCGUUUUUCUUCUCAAGAAGCAGCAUCCAGUUUUGGAGAUGACAGGCUUUUGAUAGAGAAGUACAUAGACAACCCCCGACACAUAGAGAUCCAGGUGUUGGCUGAUAAACAUGGUAACGUGCUGUGGCUUAACGAGAGAGAGUGCUCCAUUCAGAGGAGGAACCAGAAGGUGGUAGAAGAAGCUCCCAGUAUGUUCCUCGAUGCUGACACUCGACGGGUGAUGGGCGAGCAGGCAGUGCAGCUGGCCAAAGCUGUGAAGUACUCUUCUGCUGGGACAGUGGAGUUUCUGGUGGAUUCGAAGAAAAACUUUUAUUUCCUGGAAAUGAACACGCGACUCCAGGUGGAACAUCCAGUUACGGAGUGCAUUACUGGCCUGGACCUGGUGGAGCAGAUGAUCAGGAUUGCUAAGGGUUAUCAGCUACAGCAAAAACAGGAAGACAUCCCAAUAAAUGGCUGGGCCAUUGAGAGCCGUGUCUAUGCAGAGGAUCCUUUCAAGUCUUUUGGACUUCCCUCCAUUGGACGACUGUCUCAAUACCAAGAACCCCUUAAACUCAGCCAUGUUCGUGUAGAUAGCGGCAUUGAGGAGGGAAGUGACAUUAAUAUCUACUACGAUCCCAUGAUCUCUAAGUUAGUUACGUACGGCGCAACGCGGGCUGAAGCUCUUGCCAGAAUGGAGGAUGCUCUGGAUAAUUACGUGAUCAGAGGUGUUACCCACAACAUUCCACUCCUGCGUGAGAUAAUCACCCAUCCUCGGUUUGUCUCUGGUGACAUCAGUACCAACUUCCUACCUGAAGUUUAUCCAGAAGGCUUCAAGGGUCAUCAUCUUGAUGAGGAUAGAUGCAGGGAGCUGUUGGCCUCAGCAGCAGCUCUCCAUGUAACCUCUCAACUUUAUUCACACAAGAUCCUUGGCACCCAGAGGGUGUCUUCUGCUCCUAUGGACCAGAACAACUGGGAGCUGUGUGUGGAGCUGGGACAUGAACUCCAUGAUAUAGAAAUCAGCAAAUCAGGAAACAGUUAUAUCGUAAAGGUGGAUGGAGGACAAGUUGAAGUAUGUGGAGACUGGAACCUGGCCAGUCCUCUGCUGCCAUUAACCAUCAAUGGCACAUGUAGAAUGCUUCAGUGUUUGUCCAAGGAAUCUUCAGGAAAUAUCGUCCUGCAGUACAUGGGAACAUUGUUUAAGGUCCGGGUCUUGUCCAAAUUGACUGCAAAGUUGAAUUCCUACAUGCCGGAAAAGGUUUCAGAAGACACCAGCAGCAUCCUGCGCUCUCCCAUGCCAGGAACAGUUGUAGCCAUGUCUGUCAAGCCUGGUGAUACGGUUGCAGAUGGUCAGGAGAUAUGUGUUAUAGAAGCCAUGAAGAUGCAGAACAGCUUAACAGCUGUCAAGCAAGCAAAGGUGAAGUCUGUUCACUGUCAGCCAGGGGAAACUGUGGGAGAGGGAGACCUGCUUGUAGAACUCGAAUAAUACCCAGUCUCACAAGUCUCAGAAGAAAGGAUGCAUCUUAAUCAGCAAACUGAACAAUAAAAGCUUGAUUUACUUAA